AUGCACGAGUUUACACGACGUCCAUCAACCGUUGUUCACACUUCAUUAUUAUUUAGGAAUGACCACAGAGGCCGAUUUUCCACCGAUCAUAAGACUCAAGACUGACGAUACGACAGCGUUUCUUCGGGCUGCUCGGUCUGGCAAUCUCGAAAAGGUGAUCGAAUUCCUUGACACCGACCUGGACAUUAAUACAGCUAAUUCGAAUGAUUUGAAUGCGCUGCAUCUGGCGUCAAAGGAUGGCCAUGUGGAAAUAGUGACUGAACUUCUGAAGAGGGGUGCAAAAGUCGAUGCUGCUACGAAGAAGGGAAACACCGCAUUGCACAUAGCCUCUUUAGCUGGUCAAUCAGAAAUAGUAAGUAUUCUCGUCGAAUAUGGGGCUCAAGUCAAUAUUCAAUCACAAAAUGGAUUUACACCGCUGUAUAUGGGUGCACAAGAAAAUCACGACCACGUUGUCAAGAUUCUGCUCAACAACGGUGCUAAUCAGAGUUUGGCGACGGAGGAUGGAUUCACUCCCCUUGCUGUGGCAAUGCAGCAGGGCCACGAUAAAGUAGUUAGUGUUCUUUUAGAGAACGAUUCGAAGGGUAAAGUUAGGCUUCCAGCACUUCACAUUGCUGCUAAAAAAGACGACUGCAAAGCUGCAGAUUUACUACUGCAGAACGAUCACAAACCAGACGUGACGUCAAAGAGUGGUUUCACUCCCCUUCAUAUCGCUGCCCAUUAUGGUAAUGAAGAAAUAGCCCGGCUGCUAAUUAAAAGAGGGGCUGACGUUAACUACCAAGCCAAGUUCUUGAUUAGCCCUCUUCAUGUAGCUGCUAAAUGGGGAAAGAAUAAUAUGGUUAAAGUAUUGCUAGAAAGUGGAGCAAUAAUCGAUGCGAAAACCAAAGACGGUUUGACACCACUUCAUUGUGCUGCUCGUUCCGGACACGAAGAAGUUGUUUCUACUCUCCUAGAAAAUUCUGCACCAAUCAGUGCACGAUCCAAAAAUGGAUUAGCACCCCUGCAUAUGGCAUCGCAGGGAGAUCAUGUGGAUGCUGCUCGGGUUUUGUUGUACCAUCGAGCACCUGUCGACGAAGUAACAAUAGACUAUUUAACUUCCCUGCACGUGGCGGCACAUUGUGGUCAUGUCCGAGUAGCCAAAUUGCUCUUGGACAGGAAGGCCGAUCCGAACGCAAGAGCCCUAAAUGGCUUCACCCCCCUGCACAUCGCAUGCAAAAAGAAUCGCAUCAAGGUUGUGGAACUUCUCCUCAAACAUGGCGCAUCCAUUGAAUCAACCACUGAGUCUGGACUAACGCCGUUGCAUGUGGCUAGUUUUAUGGGAUGUAUGAAUAUUGUGAUAUUCCUACUACAACAUGAAGCUAAUCCUGAUAUUCCGACUGUCAGGGGCGAAACACCUCUGCAUUUGGCUGCUAGGGCUAAUCAAACUGAUAUCAUUCGAAUUUUACUGAGAAACGGCGCGAAAGUCGAUGCCCGUGCAAGGGAACAGCAAACUCCUUUGCACAUUGCUUCGCGGUUAGGAAAUGUUGACAUAGUGAUGCUAUUGUUGCAACAUGGGGCGGCUGUAGAUACGACAACGAAGGACAUGUAUACAGCCUUGCACAUUGCAGCAAAAGAAGGUCAGGAUGAGGUGGCAGCUAUUCUGAUAGACAACAAGGCGUCAAUUACAGCCACAACGAAAAAUGGAUUUACACCUCUGCAUAUUGCUGCUAAAUAUGGGAAUAUAAAUGUAACCAAAAUUCUUAUGCAAAAAGACAGCAAGCUGGAUGCACAAGGAAAGAACAAAAUUACUCCUUUGCAUUUGGCGUGUCACUAUGAUCAUCCAAAUGUUGCACAAUUAUUAUUAGAAAAGGGAGCGUCUACGCAACUUUCUUCUCAAAAUGGACACACGCCUUUGCAUAUUGCAGCUCGAAAAAAUCAGAUGGACACAGCUUCUAUUUUAUUGGAACAUGGAGCAAAAGCAAAUGUUGAAUCGAAAGCUGGCUUCACACCGUUGCAUUUGAGUGCUCAGAAAGGUCAUUACGAUAUGACAAACUUGCUUAUCGAGCAUGGAGCUGAUCCUAAUCAUAAAGCGAAGAAUGGACUGACUGCUUUACAUUUAUGCGCCCAAGAAGAUUUUAUUAGAGUAGCUUCAAUUUUAGUUAAGAAUGGCGGCAAUAUUGAAAAUCAGACGCAAACUGGUUAUAGACCGAUUCACGUGGCCGCCCAUUUCGGAAAUUUGUCAAUGAUACGCUUUUUACUAAAACAUAAUGCUGAAAUCGAUGUUAGGAAUAAUCAAAUGUACACUCCGUUGCAUCAAGCCGCUCAACAAGGACAUGCGCAUGUCGUGUCUGCGCUUAUAGAGGGGAAUGCUUCACACCGAGCUCGUACAAACGAUGGCUUAACAGCCCUAAAUAUCGCUCAAAAGUUAGGAUACAUAUCUGUGAUGGAAGUCUUGAAGGGACUCUCGUAUGAUGGUGUAACACCCGACAACAAAAAUUGGGAAGAAAAGUACAAAGUGAUUGCACCCGAAAGUUUGCAGGAAACGAGUCUUAUGUCCGAUUCAGAUGAUGAAGGAGGUUCAGAUGCUCUAAUAAGUGAGCAGCCCUAUCGAUAUUUAACAGCAGAUUUGAUGAAGAGUCUGCGAGAUGAUUCGCUUCCAAUCGACGUCACCAGAGAUGAUCCAGUCCACAGGCCAGUUACCAAAGAAGAAAAACAGCAGUUUGUCCAAAGCAACAAUUACUGCAUGGCAGAAAAUUUCGACAGUAACGACAACAUGAACUUGGGAAGGCUUCACUUCAGAUCAUUCUUGGUGAGUUUUUUGGUUGAUGCAAGAGGAGGAACAAUGAAGGGUUGCAGACACAGCGGUAUUCGCAUAAUUGUACCACCCCGCAGAGCUGCGAUGCCAAUUCGUGUGACAUGCAGAUUGGUAAAACCAAAUAAAGUAGUAAAUCCACCUCCUCUGAUGGAGGGAGAAGCUUUGGCUGCCCGCAUUGUAGAAAUGGGUCCAGUUGGUGCUUCAUUUUUGGGACCAGUGCUAAUUGACAUACCAAACUUUGCUGCUAUCCGUGGGAAAGAUAGAGAGAUUAUAAUAUUGCGAAGUGAAAAUGGAGAAAACUGGAAAGAGCACGAAAACUCUGUUGAUAAUGAUGAUACUUUAUUAAACACUCCCUACGAUUCACAAAUGAGUGCCUUACACUCUGGAAGGAUAACUCGCAUAAUAACCACCAAUUUUCCUCAGUACUUUGCGAUUGUAACGAGAAUUAAACAAGAAGUUCAUGUUAUUGGUUCAGAAGGUGGAAUUCUGAUUUCGAGCGUCGCUAAUCAUGUCCAAGCAGUAUUUCCCCCAGGGGCACUCACAAAGAAAAUUAUAGUUGGAUUACAGGCACACGUAAUACCAGCGGAACUAACAGCGAAACUUCUCGGAAAUAGCGUUGCAGUCUCUCCCGUUGUUACAGUUGAACCCAGAAGACGCAAAUUUCACAAGCCAAUCACUCUUACAAUUCCAGUCCCUCAAGCUGCGAAUAAAGGGAUGAUUAAUCAAUACGGAGGCGAAACUCCUUCAUUGCGUCUAUUAUGCAGCAUUGCAGGAGGAACUAGUGAAGCUCAAUGGGAAGAUGUCACAGGGUCAACACCACUGACAUUCAUGAAUGAUCGGGUCUCCUUUACAACUACUGUUUCUGCCAGAUUUUGGCUAAUGGAUUACAGAAAUGUUUGCGAAGUACCUCGGAUGGCUACAGAACUUUACAAGGAAUCAUUAUAUGUGCCAUUUAUAACAAACUUUGUGAUAUAUUCGAAGAGGUUCGAUUUAAUAGAAGCAACUUUAAGAAUUUUGUGCAUGACAGAUGGAAAAGAUGGCUUGCACACUCUAGAAAAGCAGGAAGAGUUUUUGGAACUCGUGAAAAGUCGUGAUGUCGAGGCACUCGACAGUAAGGACUUGUAUAUAGAAUUUAGUGGGAAUCUUGUCCCAGUCACAAAAUCUGGGGUUCAGUUGAAGUUUACCUUUAAAUCCUUCCGACAGAACAGGAUAUCAUUUCAUGUCAAAGUCAAAGAUCCAACUUUGGAUCCUGUAGCCAGAAUGCUUUUUAUGAGAGAACCCAAAGUUGCGAAAGGAGAAGCUCCUCAACAACCAGUUUGUGUGUUAAAUAUUGUUCUACCAGAAACUAUAAGCAAUGCAGUGAUAAAGAAGAAAUCUCCAGAUUUCGAGGAUUCAAACAAGAUCAGCCACAGUAUGGAUUUCCUAAAAUCGAAAUACAUACCGGAUCACAAUGAGAAGUGCGACUUGCCAAAGUCAACUUCUCCAUCGGAGAAAAAGUUUAUAACCGAUACUCUGCAAAAAGAACAAACAGAUGAAGCUACUAACCACGAAUCCCUUAAAAAAGCGGCUUAUUCCCUAGAAUCCGUAGAUGCUAGUUAUCCCAAUAAAGUAAGUGACCAGGAAGAAGAGACACUUUUAGAAAAGCAAACUUAUUCGGAAAAGCGAAAAUUCUGGGAGGAUAUUACAAGAAACCGAGAUAGUUAUCAACGUUCAGAAUCUGAGGUUUCAAGAACCUCACAGCUAACCUUCAAUGAGAGUGAUAGCGAAUAUAUUCCAAAUGUAGUUUCAGAAGAAGACACCGCUGCUAUUUCUGGAAGAUCGGAGACCAUGGAGGAUAUGAAUAUUCCAGACAUUUCGGAAUGUUCUGUCGCAGAAAAGGCACACUACUUCGAGGAACAAAUUCAAAAGGAAUUAACUACAAAAAUUCCAUUGAGAUCUCAGGAAUCCUUACAAGAAAAGGACAGGAGCAAAGUUCCAGGUAAAAGUGCUGAUUUCAAAUUAGAAAAGAUGGACCUAAAAUUGGAUUUGAAAUUAGAAAAAAUUCAUGUGGAUCAUAUAAACUUUGAACAAAAAGUUAAUUUAAGUAAGACACAAGAAAAGGAAAUUCAGAAGGAAAAAGAAGUUCAGCAUGAGAAAGACAUUCAACAGGAGAAAGAUGUUCAACGGGAGAAAUACGUUCAGCAGGCGAAAGAAGUUCAGCAGACAAAAGACGUUCAACAGGAGAAAGCCAUGCAGCAGGUAAAAGAUGUCAAACAGGAGAAAGACGUUCAGCAGGAAAAAGACGAUAAAAAGGAGAAAGACAUUCAGCGUGUAAAAAACGUUCAACAGGCAAAAGACUUUCAGCAAGAAAAAGAGUUAAAGCAGGAGAAUGACGUUCAAAGAGUGAAAGUAAUUCAAAAGGAGAGCGACAUUCAGCAUGAGAAAGACGUUCAUCGGGUGAAAGACGUUCAACAGGAGAAAUGCAUUCAACAGGAGAAAGACGUUCAGCAGGAGAAAUAUGCUCAGCAGGAGAAAUAUGUUCAGCAGGCAAAUGAAGUUCUGCAGGCAAAAGACAUUCAACAGGCAAAAGACGUUAAAAAGGAGAAAGACAUUCAGCAGGAAAAAGACUUUCAGCAGGCAAAAGACGUUCAGCAGGAAAAAUACGUUCAAAAGGAGAAAGACAUUCAACAGGAGAAAGAUUUUCAGCAGGAGAAAAACGUUCAGCAGGAAAAAGACGUUCAAAAGGAGAAAGACAUUCAACAGGAGAAAGAUUUUCAGCAGGAGAAAAACGUUCAGCAGGAACAAUUCUUUCAGCAGGUGAAAGCCAUUCAACAGGAGAAUGAUAUUCAACAGGAGAAAUACGUUCUGCAGGAGAAAGACGUUCAGCAAGUGAAAAACAUUCAACGCGAGAAAGACAUUCAACAUGAGAAAGCCGUUCAACUGGAGAAAGACAUUCAACGAGAGAAAGACCUUCAACAAGAAAAAUACGUUCAAAAGGAGAGAGAUAUUCAACAGAAAAAAGAAGUUCAACAGGAGACAGACGUUCAGCUAGAGAAAGACAUUGAACAAGAGAAAUAUGUUAAGCAGGAGAAAGACGUUCAGCAGGAAAAAGUUGUUCAGCAGGAGAAAGACUUUCCAAACGAGAAAGACAUCCAACAGGGGAAUGACUUCCAGCAGGCGAAAGACGUUCAGCAGGCGGCGAAAUACGUUCAACAGGACAAAGACUUUCAGAAAAAGAAAGAAAAAGAAGAAAUUCUUUCUAAAUUUGAUAAACAAGGAACAUCUCAAAUUGAAGGUCAAAAAGAACGUGAAGAAAAUUUAAACAAAAAAGUACAGCAGGAAGAAAUUGCUAAGAAGGAAGAACUGUCAGAAGUACUGAGGAAAGAAGGCAGUUUGAAGUCAGUUGAAAAAGAAGUUCUUGACUUUAAGGAGUCCAAAAUUCCCAUUAGGAUGUCGAGUCACGAAGGUAAGAAGAAAGAGGAGAUUUUUAAAACUGAAGGUGAAAAUUUAGUUGAGGAGAAAGUUGAGAAAGAAUCAAAAUCAAUUCCUGAAACAAGUGAAAUAAAGAAGAUUGAGAAGGAUGUGAAAGGACAGAAAUCAUUUGAACAAGAUUUUCCUCUAGUACAAGAAGAUAUUACAACGUUACUGGAAACGAAAUCGAUAAAGAAACAGGAAAAUGAAUUCAAGCAAAUUAAAAAGGAAUUUGAGUCAAGAAUUCCGGUUUCAAUGUUCAAAGAGAAAGAAAAGUCUCCUAAAGAAGAUAAUACUAUACCUUUAAAAAGUUCUACAUCUGAAGUGAAAAGUCCAGAAAAAGCAGUCGAGCCUGAGAAGAAGAAAGACUUUGAGUCCCGAAUUCCAAAACGAGUUCAAGAAAAGAAAGAAGAAGUAAAAGAUUAUGUUCGCCAGGAGCAAAAAACAAGGGAAGAAGUCACGACAUCAAAGAGGAAAAGUGAAACUCAAACUUUCUCGACAACUUUCACGGGUCAUCCUCAAGAUGCAAUCAAGAUGUUCGAAGAGAUGAGUACCUCGACAAUUGGGCCAGCUAUAACAUCAAGAAUUGAUCAUGAGGCUUCAACCACGCGAGAGAAGAAGGAAACUAAAUUUUCAGAGAUUUCCAAAGGUGGUGAUAAAUUCCUGAUGGAGGAAGAGACGGAACACGUCGAGAAGAAAGACAUUUCAGAGUCAAUUAUCAAGAAACAAUCCCCGGAUGAAAUGAUAGAAGAAAGAGAAUGCAAAAUCAAAGAGUUUGACAAGACAGCUCUGCAGAAAAUUUCGAUAAGUGCCACUGCUGAAAAACAAGUUAUAGAUGCUUUAGCUUCUCAAGCUACAAUCCAAAGCAAAGACACCCAGAAGACCAGAUUGUUUGAAGAUAAAGAUAAGAUAAUAACGGAGACGGAGGGUGUCAAUAAACUUAAACAAAGUAAUGUCGAUGUAGGCAUGAAGAUUGAGAGAGAUUUGCUUUAUUCAAAGGAAGACAUUGUUCAAGUAAGUGCUGAUGAAAAUUUCCGAAAAGAAGAAUCAAAAUCUUUUGAUGCCAAUUGCAUUUUGAAAGAUGUGACUCCUUCACCUGAUCCACCAGUUACAGAACUUGAAGCAAGAAACAUUGCAGAGAGCCUUAUUCAGUCGAUAGAAAAUGAGAUAAAAAAAAGAUCAAUUUCAUCUGAUAGUUUAAAGAAGGAUCUCGAAGAUCGGGAAGUCAUCGAAAGUGAAGGUUCUGAUGACCAAAUGGCCGAUGAUUUGACGAAAAAGUUUGAAGACAUCAUGCGAAAAUCGAUUGCUAAAGAAGAACUCGAGGAUCCUUCAAUUCAGGAAGCAAUCCUAGAGAAGGACUAUAAUGAUAGUGUAAGUGUCAGCGAGGAUAUGACGAAAGACGAAGACUCAUAUCCUCAAGAUAAAGAAGGUCUAUCGUCAUCUCGUUUCCAUGUGACUAUAAGUUCGAAUAGCAUCUCAGAUCACAUUGAUUUAGAAGAUCUGGAAGCAAAUCUAGAGGGUGAGCUAUCCAGGUCACGAAAGCAAUCAGAGUCUGAUAAACCAGCAGUGGUUUUCGAAUUAGAGACAAAGAACGAAAAAGAACCGGUUCAUUCUGAAACUUCUGGGGCAAGAGUUUUGGAGAUUCUUGAACCUGAGUACGAAACCCAGUCAAGGCAAGAUUCGAUGGACAUAUCUUCAUUGGAAGUAGACGAUUUCAGAAUUUCGGAACUAAAAGAUAUGAAGGGUAUACAAGAUUUGGAAGACAUAGAAGACUUGGAGUAUAUGCAAGACAUGGAAGAUAAAGAUAAUGCUCCCUCAUUGCAUGAAAGUGCAGCCGUCCAUUCUUUAGAAAGAAUUGCUCAGGAAGAGGAUCGAGACAUAACAAUGAGUCCCAGUACAGUAUCAGAAGAAACGAAUAUAGACUUCUCCCUACCUUCUGAGCUUCCGCCCAUCAGAUCUUACACAGAAGGUGGUAUGAUGUCGAGAAAAGGAGACAGUUUUGAAAUCCACAGUCCUCCAAUGAUCUCCCCGAGAUCAAAAGUGAAGGACCUCGAAAUUAAACCCAUUAACUGGAUGAUUGGGGACGAAAAAAUUGAAAUUUCUGAGACUCUACAGCCAUCGCAGGCAUUUGAUAAAGAAUUAGAAGAGUAUCAGUCUGCGAUCAACCAAAGUAUGACAAUGUCUCAGACGGAUGAACAAAUGGAAUUCGUACCAGAAUCUCGAAUGGAGACUAAGGAGUUGUUCGCUAAAACCACUAAAUCUACUAAUGAACCUGUGAUCAUUAAAUCGAAAUUUACAGUCACUAAAGUCAGUGAUCAAGAUUUAGAAAGGGAUUUAGUUGAAAAUAAACUUGAAGCUAGUUGUCAAAAACUGAUCGCUACUCUAGAAAGAGAACGUAAAGCUACAACUCCUGUAGAUGAUUUUUUGGAUGAAAUGUCAAAAACUGAAAAACUUGAAGUCCUAGAUUUUUCACAUAGCAUGAAACAAUCAGGAUUGAAGGAUGAUUUAUCGAAAGCAGAAUUAUUUGAGGAACAAGUGGAAAAAUCUAAAGAGCCCUCAAAAACUCAUCAGCCAAAAGGCGAAGUAAAAUCAAAAGGAAAAGAUGAGUUCAGUAAGGGUAGAUCUUUUGCUGAAGAUAAUAAGAGGGUCUCGGAGAGAGGAGACAAACCAUCACACCCUGACCACAGUGCCUUGAAAAUUAAAAAAGAGGAUCUGCAGAACGUUGGUUUAAGUGCUCGUUAUGCCAUAACAGUUUUGGAUCAAGUUGUGAAGAAGGAAAUAGCAGAAGUCAAAGAAUCUCUAGAAGCUGCCAAGCAAGAUUUAAUAGAAGAGUUGAGUGAAAACAGUGAAUCUGUUUUUCAGAUAAAAGAUUCUCCUUCAGAGUUUCAGUUUAAGAUCCAACCUGAGUCAAUACCAAAUGAACUUCCAUUUUUGUACAAGACUCCGUCUUCAGAAAAAGGCUCCGACCAGGAUUCGACUCCAGCUUCCGGAUCGCCAAUCAUCAAACCGAGGAGGAAAAAUACAGUGAAGGACGAUGAUUCUGAAACAUUUGAUAAAAAAGAUCUGUCUCCGAAAAGUGAAGAAACUUCGUGGGAUUUUAGGGACGAUAAACCUACACCUGAAAAAUCAUCAACUGAUUUUAUCGAAACUAAUCAACCUAGAUCUGAAGUUCCCGUCCAUAGAGAUGCUAGUUUUGAAGAAACUUAUUCUAGCUCACCAAUUCCAGCGAGUAGAUCGAGUUCAGAAGUAGAUAAAAUUGAUAGUUGCUCACUCCAGCCACAGCCUGCGCCAAGACGAAGACAAAAACCUGCAAGAGUAUCGAAAAAAAUAAUUUCGGAAAGUGAACCUGACAGCUCUGGGGAAAGUAACUAUCAGUCUUGUGAUUAUGAAAUUGGAAGUGGUAGCAGACCGAGCUCUUCUGAUUUUGAGGUACUCCAGUCAGCUUUAUCAGGAACCUCUUCUUAUGAGACCGCUCUGAUGUCCUUGCAGCAUUCUUCUUCCCAUGCAACAUCUCAAUAUCAAACAGCUCCAAGCACUAUGAGCUCGCGAGAUUCGAUAAAGUCUCUUAACUCAUUAAGCUCGGGACACCUGGGAAGUAUAGACACGAGUGAGUUGUCGGAGACUCUAAUUGCCACUGAGACAGAAAGUGAUGACAAGGAUGUGAUAGACGAUAAUCUGGAAAUUGCUCUCGAUGAAGAUCCGUUGAUUAUAACUGAGUUGCGCAUUUUGGAUACAACACCUGAAACUGAGAGUGACGUUCCCUGUAGAAUGAAAAGGUCUUCUGAGAUGAUAUUCCCACAAAUGUCUGAAGAAGCUCUUUCUGUGGAAGGGAAACCGUCUGAAGAAGUAAUAGAGGAUAGUAUGGAUAAAGAAACACAUGAAAGUACAGAAGAGAUAAUUGAUCAAGUAAUAAAUGAAUAUUUAGAACAAAGAGAUGAUGAAAUAGACGAAAGAAUAAAGCAAGGGAAUGAUAAUAUGAUGAAAGAAGAGAUCCAAUUUUCUGACUCAUCAACAUCAACCACAGAAGUACAGCCCGGAAUUGUUGAGUCUGUCGAUAUAAUGACUGCUCGAAUAGAUGAAGAUGGUAUCCAAAGUGUUUCUACUCAGGUUAUUUCAAGAGAAGCUGUUGUUAAGGAAUUUGAUGACCAAUCAUUUGAGCCAGAUUCCUUGGAUCGAAGACUGAGCCUUACAGGUCCAGAUGAAGAAAAUCUUGAUUCUCUGCAAACAAGAACUUGGCUUCAGCAAGCGAGCAUGUCGACUUCCUCUACAUCUGGCUUGUCAGUUGAAACAGUCGUCGAAAAAGACUUGCAGGAUAGAAAUUCUCCAGAUAGUGAUUCCUUUGAACUGGUGGAUAAGCCAGAUAUCAUAGAUGACUUUGUGGUAGUUGAAGAAGUCGCGAGGGAAGCUGAGGAGUUUGACUCUGAAGGCAAGAGCAUACGAAUCAGCUCGAUGACAAUGGUUAAGAAUUUUGACAGGGAUGUGGAAAAUCUGAUAACAGAGAAAGUUGAAGAACCAAAGGAAGGUUCAAGCGAUUUGUUCGAGUUCGAGUCAGAAGAAAGUCCUCCCCAAGCUUCUAAUGAUGAGCAGUAUUCUCAGUCUUACUCUGACGAGGAACAAUACGAAGGGGGGAAAAAGUGGAUUGAAAUGCAGUUUCAGAGCGAUGCUAGAUUGUAUGAUAUUGAGUAUGAACGAGGACCUUUGGAAGACAUUAAAGAAGAAGAAAUCACUGACUUUGAAGGAAGUAGGUUCGGUAGCAUUGGUAGUCAUAAAGAAUCAAUUGGUAGUGUUGGAAGCAUGAGAGGCAGUUUUGGAAGCACUCCUGACUACGAUACGUUGAUUGGGAGAAAAUAUUUCACCAAGCCUGAUCAUGACAAUAUCUCCUUAAGUUCACUUCAGGAAUUCGAGCAUUUGGAAAAUGUGAUUUUAGAGGGAUCUAAGAAAUUCAGCAGUUCCCAAGAUUCUGGAACUAAUGGGAGUCUCCCAAGAAGAUAUGGAAGAUCAAGUCAUGGUGAUGAUGUAUCUUUGUCAUCAUUAAAGGAUUUCGAGGGUUUGGAGAAAGCUUGCACAGAAACUCAUUUGAUGGAGUUGAGAGCUCGAGAGGAGGAGGAUUUAUUAGAUCAUGAAAGUCCAGAAAAUAAAUUCAGAUUAGAAAGUUUAGCAAAGGCUAAGGCUGAUAUGAGCGCAGCUGGUUCGAUUAAUCAGAGUACUUCUGGUUCGGAUGAUUAUGAAAAAAGAAUUAAGGAAAUUGAUGAGAUUAUUCGCAUCGCACAAGCGAAUGUAGAGAAACUUGAAAGACAGGAUGAUACGACUGAAGAUAUAUCACAAAUUGAAGCGGAAAAAGUUGCAGAAGUUCCUGCUGAUGUUGUUGAGGCUUCUAAGGAAGCCAAUGUUAUGGAGACGAGUACGGAUUCGUUAGAAUUGGAAGAUAAUGCUGAAAAAAAGUAUAAUUUAAUGUGUAGAAGUUCCGAUUCUUUGGAAUUAAAGACAACCUUGGAUUUUCCGUCGCUGAGUUCAGACUCAUUGAAUAUGGUGAAAGAUUCGAGAGACGUGUUAGUGGAUGUGGGUGAUCGUUAUCAUGCAGAUAGAAGGAUAUCAUUGGAUUCUCUUGAAAUUCCUGCGCAUGAACUGCUAGAAUCUGAAAAGCAAUUAAAACCCAGUGACAGCAAUAGCAACCGCCCAUCAGAAAGUGCAAUUGAUAAUUCUUCUAGGCAAGCUUCAUUGAAAUCAAGUACUGAAAAAACAAAAUCAACAUCGGCUAGUGGAACUUAAACAGUCCAGUGUAUUAUGGGUAAUGGACUACUUGAAUCCCCUUGACACGAUUUGAUUAAAAUAGCAUAAUAACUCAAGAAGCUUUACAUGUGAGACAGGAUCGAUUAGAAGUAUGAAAACGAGCUCGUGUAUGAUUGAUAUAUAAGAUUUUAUUACAUUUGUCAUUAUUUAUUGCACUAUUUAUAAGAUGUUUUUGUUGCAAAUAUGCUUAACCCUCUACCGCAUUGUGAUAUGCAAAAAUUCAACUCUAUAUUAUACUAAACAAAAAUACCAAAUAUUAAGUUCGCUUAAUUAUGAAAAUCUAUUCCAUUCAUAUGGUAAACAACUAAUGACAGGUUAUGUGAAUUCGCUCCCUAAUUAUAAAUUUUAUCUGUAAAGCUUUUUAUUUAAAAACUGAGUACAAAAAGUAUUUCAUAUGUAAGAAAAAUUAUAGAGAAAAAAAUAUAUUUGCGUCAACGUUUAACGAAAUUAAAUAAUUAUUAAUUAUGAAAAACUGCACUACCUGAGAUUUAUUAAGAAGUGGAAAAGUAACUAAAUAUUUCCCUUUCCACGGUGCCAAAAUUGUAAGCAUCUCAAAAUUGAUGUUAAUUAAUAUUUGCGUAAGAUAAAGUGCAACAAUAAUUUUGCAUGACAUCUUUGAAAAAAAAUCGCGCAAUAGAGGGUUAAAUCAUAUGUUAGUUGUAAAACGUAAUAUAGAAUUGUUGCGCGAUUAAAUAUAAGGGAAUAUAAAAGACUUCUCUGUUUUAAUAUUAUGUAACAGUGAGAGUACGCAUAUACAAACAAUGAUUAUUAUAUGGCUAAAAAGUAUCUAUUGCUUACCGAUUUUAAACAUACAUUGUAUGUUUUCAGUUGCAUUUAUGAACGAUAUUUUAAGUGCUAUUUGUAUGUUUGACUUGUAUU